AUGACUUCGACGGCCCCAGACCCGUCGCAGACAGCGUUCGUCUCGAGCGGACUCGCCGCCCUCGCGCGGCCGUCCCGCCUUGUUUUCCCAAUUGACUCGCCCGUUCUCCUGGCCAAGCUCAUCGCGGCCUCUGCGCGCACCACGCCCAGCGCGCGCCCACCCUUACGCCUCACCGAUCUCGCACGCUUCGAUUCCAUCCUUUCGGCCUUCUCGCGUACCUGGGAGCACGGCACCGUCGUCGUCCACCGCGACGACACCGGGAACAGAACCUUAGUCGUGCUCGACGUUCAGCUAGGACCGAGCGCGCUCCCCCGUCCCGCAAAGAAGCGCAAGCGCCCCGUACGUGACGAGGACGCCGACUCUGCCACAGGCGACCCGGAGGAUGAGCACGUUGAUGCCGACGCCGCCCCUGGCGAGGAUGAGCACGCCGACCCGCCGACAUCGCCGAGCAGACAUCUGAGCCGCGAGCUUCGGGAGGUCUACGCGAUCUUGCAACGAGGGACUGCGAAGGGUCGCCUGCUGGCCGAGCGCUUCCGCUCUACCAACGCCUUCGAGCCCGUCUGUCCGCGCAUCACCAAAGAUGACUGCGCCAAGUUCCGCGCACAAGCACAGGGAGCUGACUCAGGAUCGAGCAUUUGCCCCCGUGUGCACUUCCGCCCCAUCAUCCGCGCGCACACCGACCCUUCCCUCGGCCACUGCUCAUACCUGAACACGUGCUAUUCCGAACCAACUUAUGCGCUCUCGCCUUCCAUCCCACCAUUACCGUCUGCACCUCGCCCGCCGGGCACUAUGAGCACGCCUGUCAGCUUACCCAGCGGCCUGGGCGCGGGUGGGAGGGGCAAGGAAAAGGCGCCCUGUCGGUACCUGCACUACGAGGUAGACUGGGACGAAGGGGAUGGAUCUGCGUUUGUUGCAAAUUCGAACACGAGCCAGGGCGGAGUGACGUUUUCGCAAAGGGACAGCAGCAAGGAGGUGGCGAAGGCGCAGGAGUUUAAACUCCCCAUCGGGUUGGGACCGACAAGCGAGGACAAACCUCUUCUACCGCCUCAAUGGAUAAACUGCGACCUGAGGCGGUUCGAUUACUCGGUGCUCGGCAAAUUUCAUGUCAUCAUGGCCGACCCGCCCUGGGAUAUCCACAUGAGCUUGCCCUACGGAACGAUGACGGAUGACGAGAUGCGCGCGAUGCCCAUACCCGCGUUACAAGACGAGGGGCUGCUAUUUCUCUGGGUUACCGGCCGCGCUAUGGAAGUCGGUCGGGAAUGCCUCCGUGUAUGGGGUUAUACGCGUGUCGAUGAAGUCGUCUGGAUCAAAACCAAUCAGUUGCAAAGGGUGAUUCGGACUGGCAGGACAGGUCAUUGGCUCAAUCACACUAAAGAGCACAUGCUCGUCGCCGUCAAAACGCGCACGGACUCCGCCGGCAAUAUUGUCUACCCCUCAUGGUGCAACAGAGGCCUCGACACAGACGUCAUAGUGUCCGAGGUUCGGGAGACGUCGCGCAAGCCUGAUGAAGUCUACGGUCUGAUCGAGCGCAUGUGUCCCGGCGGGCGCAAGAUUGAAAUCUUCGGGCGGAAACACAACACGCGCCCAGGAUGGCUCACGCUCGGGAAUCAGCUAGGCGCGGAUCAGUUAUACGAAGAAGAUCUGAAGUCGCGAAUACAAGCGAGAUAUCCCGAGAGAAUCUCGAUCUCUAAUCCGAGUGCCGGCUCACAAUCCAUAGCCCGUUGAGCUGUGCAUCCGUAUACCCCAAUAAUGUAUAUACCCAAGGAACGUCGUAGUCAAGGCGGCACCUCCUCCCCCUUCCAAUCCCACACCCGUCCCCUGCCCUCCUCUCCGAGACUCUCCACAACCCGUACAAGAUUCGCUGCUGCCUCCUCCGGCUCAAACAACUUUCCCUUGCCAUUCUCCACGCUUGCCCAGAAUUCCUUGCUCAGGCCCGUCUUCACCGUACCAGGAUGCACGCCGACAGCCAUGGCGGGGAUGCGCCGCUGCUGCAACCAGAGAUCGAAUGUGCGGAUGGACUGGUUGAGCGCGGCCUUGGAAGCGCGGUAGGAGAACCAGCCGCCGGCGCGGUUAUCGGAGAUGGAGCCGACGCGCGCAGAGACGUGCACCCACUUCGACAGCGGAGCGGGAUGAGAUGUUCGGGGUGGAAGGAACUGGGAGAAGUGCGCCAUUAGCAGGAGGUGGGAGACGGUGUUAAUCUGGAGCGUUUCUUGGAUCUUCUUGAUGCAUAAAUCGGCCGGCGAGCGUUCGGGGUGCAGCACGCCGCCGCCGAACCAGCCCAUAUGCAUGUACGCGUCCUCGGGCAGGGUCUCGCGGAGUUGGUGAGAGGCGGCGGCUAUGGAAUCGGGACAGGUGAGGUCGAGCGGGAGGAGCGUGAGGCGCUUGGCGUCGAUGUUGGAGGAGGUGAGCGGGGAGAGGAUGUGCGCGUGCACAGCGGCCGGGUCAUCACUGCGGUGCGUAGCGUAGAUGGGGAGCGUGGUGUGUUGCAGGAGGUGCCGGGUGAUUGCGAGCGAGAGGCCGCGAGUGGCAGGCGCGACGAGGAUGAACGGGUGUGCGGGCAUCGUGUGCGGGCAUAGAUCGGAGAGCGAGGUCUGUCCGCUCUCUUUAGCGUGUUGGUCAGGCGUUAGAGUUCUGAGACCUGAAUGUCAAUGGUGAGCGACGUGGGAUACGUGAAC